CAAUUCCCAUGCUGCGUUGCUUGACGUUGUGACAGCCGCAGUGUGUUAAGUCUCCAAGAUGGCGGCGUGGGGAAGGAGGCGCGGUGUCCCAGUCAACAGGGAGAGGGGUGUGAUGUCCACUACGGACUGCUACAUCGUCCACGAGAUCUACAACGGGGAGAAUGCCCAGGACCAGUUUGAGUACGAGCUGGAGCAGGCUCUGGAGGCCCAGUACAAGUACAUCGUGAUCGAGCCCACCCGCAUCGGGGACGAGACGGCGCGCUGGGUCACCGUGGGCAACUGCCUGCACAAGACCGCCGUGCUGUCCGGCGUGGCCUGCCUGCUCACCCCGCUGUCCCUGCCGCUGGAGUACUCGCGCUACAUCGCCUUGCCGGCGGGGGCGGCCAGCGUGGCCUGCGCGGCGCUCUACGGCAUCUCCUGGCAGUUCGACCCCUGCUGCAAGUACCAAGUGGAGUACGACAGCCAGAAACUGUCCCGCCUGCCCCUCCAUACGCUCACUUCCUCCACCCCCGUGGUGCUGGUGAGGAAGGAUGACAUUCACAGAAAGAGACUCCACAACACGAUAGCGCUGGCCGCCCUGGCUUACUGCGUAAAGAAGAUUUAUGAACUCUAUGUCGUAUGAUUUAUUAAAAAAAAAAAACAGCCCUAAAAGACCUUAAAAAAAAAAAUCAGCAUCUAGUAUUGUUUGACAUACACAAAGCUUUCUUUGUUUCUGGUUGAAGCCCAGAGGGAUAAUGGUUAAAACUCUAGGGAUUUUUUUUUCUAUUUACUUUUGAAGUAACAUCACCAGUGCACUGAUUGAUAUUCUAUUUUUUUUCCCCCCGAUCCUCCGUACACUAAAUUGAGGAUUAAGAGACCAUUGAAAGUGAAUGGACAAAACAGUUUUGAAGUAUUCUCAAAGGCCUGGUAUGUUUUUUUUUCCUGGUAGUUUUAUUGUAACCCUUUAUUGCUCGUCAGAGAGUGCUCACUUCAUUAAAUAUUAGGAAAUCUGAAACACUCUUUUCUGUAUUUUCUUUUUCUUUCUUUUUUUAAUAUCGUUCUGGUAUCCUUCUGCUGUAGUGUUUAUUCAGAAACAUGAUCAUUCCCUAUUUUAA